AUGCACGCCCCGCACGCCCCGCGCGUCGCGCGCGCCCUGGGCGCGCUCCUCCUCGUCCUCCUCGCGUGCGCCGCCUCCCCCGCGCUCGCGCGCGGCGGCGUAUCGUCCUCGCGCCUCGCGCCGCUCGUCAGCGACGACGUUCGCGCUCGCCUCGCGCGCGGAACGUCCGGCGCGGCGACGGUCGACCCCGCCGCCGCGGCCUACGCCGCCGCCGACGUGGACGACGAGGACGCGGACGACGAGGACGCGGACGACGUCGACGUCGACGGCGCGCACAUGGACCGACGCGUCCUCGUCGACUCCCCGCUGCGGCCGUGGCUCCAGCCCACGACGUUCCUGCGCGUCGCGUUGCUCAUCAUACGCAACGCCGCGCUCGACAACCCGACCGCGGGGUUCCUACAGAGCAUCCUGACCACCGAGCUCGCGUACACCGCGUUCACGAACGUCUUCGCGUCGUUCGCCGCGGCGGUGGUUCAAGACUUCAGCCAGGGCGUCAGCAACGAGGGCGCGGUCGCGUCCGAGUGGGUCGUCGACGGCGAGACCGCGCUGGAGAACGUCCUCGCGUCCGAGUUUGUGUACGGCGGCGCGUGGGGCUUCGAGCAGUUUUACGGCGUCGGGUUCGAGAUCUCCGGCGACGCCGCGGCGGCGAUCCAGCAGUCGCUGCAGCCGACGUGGAUCCCGACCAACCUGGACGAGCUCGACCGGAGCUCGGCCGGCGGGAACGGCGCCGCGCCCGCGCCCGGCCCCGCGGGGGCGGACGACGCCGCGAACGCCUCGACGAACGAGACGACGUCGGCGACGCGGCGGCGGAAGCUCCAAGGCACGUCGACGCGCCGCGCGCCCACCCCGCACCCCGGGAUCGACGCGUCCAGACGCCGGCUUCUGUCCGACGAGGAAGCGAACGCGCGGAACCUCCCGAAGGGCGCGCAGCUCAUCGCGCAAGUGCGCACGCCGCUGCCGCGCGAAAAAACCAAAUCGCAGAUCGCCGCCGCGUCGUCCCUCGGGAACGAACGCCGCCGCCGCCGCCUGUUGCAGACGACGACGAACGACACGGCGACGGAGACGGCGACCGGCGACGACGCCGCGUCCGCGCCGACCGCGGGCGAAGAAGGCCGCGACCCGGCGAACGGCGACGUCACCGGCGAAGACGUCGGCGACAUCACCGCGAACUGGUUCGACUCUUUCCCCGCGGCGCUCCCCACGGCGAUCCGCGACCGCCUCAUCGCGCAGCUCGAGGAGUUCCAGGUCAACCCGCAGAUCGCCAUCUCGCUCGAGAUCGCCAUCGCGUUCGUCGGCGUCGUCGAGCCCGGCGUGGGGAUCGUCAGCGCCGAGGCCGCGGACGAGACGACGAUCACGUACGACGUCGUCUUCAACGGGUACGACGCCGCCAUCGACGUCGCGGCGACGGGCGAACGCGGGUUCGGCGUCGCGGGAAGCGGCAGCGCGGGCGCCGCCGUCGCGACGGCGAUCAACGACGCGAGCGAGAUCAUCGACGCGGUGACGGACAUCCUCGACGAAGUGAACGCGAACGCGGCGGCAGACUUGACCAGGGUCUCCGCGCAGGGCGGACCGUCGAACGCGACGACGAACGCGACGACGAAUCCGAACGUCACGACGGCGAUGGGCGCGCCCGUGAUCAUCCCCGCGCACACGAACGCGGAGACGGGACGGAACCCGCGCAUAUCAGCGACGCGGUACACGAACAUGGGGAAGCGCCCGACGCGCGGGCCCAACGCGACGGCGCCGCUUCGCGUCAGCGCGUACUCGGGCCCGACGGACGCGUCCGCGCCCGGCGCCGCGCCGGGCCCCGCGGCGGGGCGGUUCGGGCCGUACGACCCGGACGCGGAGUACGACUACUUCGAGUCCGGGCCGUACGAUUACGAGCCGUUCGGCGCGGUCAGCGGGACGUACGCGGUCGCCGUCUCGCUCAUCUUCCUGGAGCAAAUCUCCCUGAACGGCGGCUCGAUCACGAUCAUCUGA